GUAAAAAUAUUAACAACCGCAACAAUCCACUCUUCUCUCCACCACCACUCUGUCCCAAGUUAGAAUUUGCAUCAAAAAAUCGCAACUGUUAUGUCGUCAUAUUUUGGGCAAGUGCUCUAAUUAUAACCAAUAAUUUCAUUACUGAGGAACAAUAGGUAGUACCCGCUCAAAUAUAAUCCUGUGCAGGCAAUACCAGUGAUGCGCCUUAACUUCUGUCUAGAUCGUUCCGUCAUAGAUAUUGCCUCUGUCUCUGCGUCUGCGUUGCAUCUAACCAGCAACAUCUGAUUUCAACUUGAUGCACAUAAAGCUGCUGCUAUUUCUACAGUGCGCUUGAAAUUGAUUUGGUGAAUUGGCUUUAAUGCAAAGAUAUGGGGCGGAGUGGUAGUUGUCCAAACGAGCAGCCUGCGACUAAGAACGACAGAAAAAUGUUUGCGUACCUAUAACAGCCUGUUAUGCUAUUACUAAACGAAAAUUCAAAUUAUUGUCUAUAGGGUAAACAAAAUCUAGCAUCAAGAGCGUAUCUAAGAAGAGAAUAUGAACUGAAAAUCAUGACGAUGAGUGCCGUUUGAUAUGGGUAGAACUGUGGUGCGGCGUAUCCUGUUAUCCAGUUCAAAGCAAAACAAAUGUUAAUGUUGUAUGGAAAAAACAGAAGGAUUAGUUGAUUUUCAUCAAACAGAGUAUAUCCAAUAGGCAAUAUGCAAUAACCCAUACAUAACGCAAGGCCCGGUUAACUGUCAGCCCAAAUAAAAAACAAAAGGAAAUAAACGGAGGGAGUUACGGACGUGAAUUACCUCGAUUGCAGUCAACGUUAAUAUACAAGAAACUGAUUAGCAGUAGUCUACAGAGAAAAACAUUCGCAUUCUUUCUACCGCUACGAAGCAUUCGCAGAAAUAACUUCCGAUUGUAAUGAAAAUUAUAAUCUUACGAAAUACUGUAUCCACAUAAACGACGAGUCAAAUUGGACGGGGUCAACACUACUUUUCCCUUCAUUUUGCAAACCUCCCCUUUGGUUGUGACGUGCUUGAACAACGUAACAAAAUAUAGAAAUGGUCAUUUUCAUACGAGACGCAGGCGUGUUUUUGCAGUAUCAACACAAACAGCACUGGCAAAAAUAUCAUAAAACAAUAUAGACACCCCCUCUUUUCGAAGAAACAUAUGGCAGAAUCUGAGAGAAGAAAGGAAAGAGGAUGUAUGUGGUAAGACAAAGUGACUGAUUGUGCAACAAUAUCCAAGUUUUUCUCGCCAUUAUCUCGUUUUUCUGUGAAAAGAUUAAAUAAAGCAAAUGCUGAAAUAUGUAAUCAUGAUUUAUUUCAUACUUGACGUUUUUGGUGAUUGUUCAAGUUUACAUGAAGCAAAAGAAAAGUUUUAAUCAUCUCAUAAUAAUCUUAGUAGCUCUGUCACGUUAGCAUGCGUCAAAAACUAAAUUUAUCUUUUAUUAUGCAUUCUUUGAUGAAGGAAUUACAUUUAUAUAUAAAAUACUUGUCAAAAUCGUUAUCUUUUGUUGAUUAUUUAUGAGGUUUGUAACAGUUAAAGCCAAACCAAAGCAACUGGGAGUUUCGUUUAGACAGGCGAAUUAAUCACAAGUAGCUGCUGGGAAAAGAGAACAACAUAAAUAUCAUUAAUUACAGAAAUGGGCAGUAGGUGAAACAACGCUCGCCUGUCGCAAAAAGCGAUGGGAAUUGUGCGAGUUCAUCGGUACGAAACAGGAAAUCCAAGAAGAUGCGGUUAGAAAAUAUGGUAAAAUUGUUGAAUGUAUUAACAGUAUUGAAACAUCGCAAGCAGGCCAGUCCGAACAUGCCGAAAAGUAUUCUUCAGGCAAAAUGAAAGUAAGAGUAAGAUCCGAAAGGAUAUGAUACAAUAUGUAGGUUUAAAAAUUAUUGUUUUGACAUUUCACGAGCCAUAAACUCAAUACCGGUGGCCCGCAGACAACAGAGGCGUUUAUGAGACAUGCUAACGUGUGAUUAUGUGCAAGCAAUGAGGAAUAGCAAAUAGGAAGGGGAGCAGAGUUUCUACGAGAUUCUUACAGCAGCAGAAACAACAUGAGGAACGGAAGUAAAACAAAAAAUGCCAGAAUAAAGCAUAUGGUUUUCAUUGCGAUUUAUUCGAAGGUUUCGUCAUUAUUAGGGUAGUACAUGUUGAGACGAUUUUCUUGCUGAAAUAAAGUCUGGAAGCAUUGAAAAUAAUAAAUAUAAUAAUUAAAGUGCUCAAAAUGUCAAAGUAUCUAUUUUAAUAACAUUUCGGGUUAUGGGUGUAGCAAAGAGGUUCAGAUCCCAAGAAGGUUCAAACGCUCGAGCAUAUGUUGUAUCCUGGUCACAAAAUAUUAUGAUCCGAAUUAUCUUCAAGAGUUCAAAUCUCUUACCGCUAAUGCACCUGCAACUACAGUACUACCACUAACGCGCGUUAGAGACUCAUCGUCGUGAAAUAAAUAGACGAAGUCGCUCUAAGGGUGUGGUUUGCUCAUAAAUCAAUACUUCACCAUCCGUUAAGUGUAUUUCAGUUAAUAAACUCGGCGAUAAUGAUAAUGAUGAUACUAAUCAUUGUCUAUAAUACAUUAAACAAUAUUUUAUAAAGUUAAUAGUUAAUAUAAGGGAUAAGAUAUAACAUGAGGUAUUGAAUGGUCUCGUUUCAGACGAAAAAAUUGUAUAGAUUUUUGUCAGCAAAUACUUAAGAAGCUAAAGCAAAAAAUAAAUUUAUUUCAUAGAUUAAAAAAGCAUUUAGACAACGUGUUUUCAAGUUACUUUGCGAACUCUCAAACGGAUUCUCGUCAUUUUCUCAUAUAGUGCAGUAGUAAUUCUUGACAUUAUACCUCGUACUGUUUUUAGCAUUUACUAGGCCACACUUGUAGUGGCUCGCUGAAUCAAAAAGUUUUAAAGCAUUUAUAUAGAAUUACAAUGUUGCGAUUAUAAGUAUGAGUUAUAAUAAACACAAAUUCAUAAAUGCAUUCAAAAACGGAGUUAGUGUUUUUCCCAACAUGUUACUGUUUUGCAUUCAUUACGUGAAAACGAUUCCACGAAUGCUUAUAGAAGCUUACUAGGUGCUACUAGGCUAUAGUUAGAAGCAGUGAUAAAUUCUAAAUAUUACAAGUGUAUUGCUUACAACGGUAAUUGAACUACCCCGCAUCAGGCAGAUUUCGUCGCCGUGGCUUUUCAAAUACAAAAAUAGGUUUUACAAUUAGAGUGUUUGCUGAAGGUGCUUUUUUUGUCCUAGACUUUAGCAUUGCUGUGGUACGAUAGAUAUACGAUGCAUCGACACAAAACAAAUUUUCAACACAGUGCACAAGGACAUUGCCAUUCGCGUGAUGGCGAAAUGUAAUUGUUACACACUGUUACCAAACGUUGGUCUGAACUGGCCGCGGCUUUUUUUAACGGUAGCAAUGAAGUUUUGUUUUUUAGUUGUCUGUCUGCUGGCCCCAGAGCCGACGAAAAAGAUGAAAACGAUCACAUAGGUCAUGUUUCUAGGCAGAUGAUUCAGGUGUUACAUCGGAACCUUCAUUGCAGCGACCAUAAUGGAAUAGCAACUAAAGACGAUACAGUCCGAAAAGCUGGCUUUAAAUCACUACCCACUGGGCUUCACAUCCAAUAUACUGGGCUUCAGCACUUAACAUCAAAAGAUGAUACUACUCCGACGCCUCACACAGUACAGAAUGUGCUAGUAAUCGGUACACGAUUUCAUUUAGUGAUGUCCUUAAUUUUGGUGGAUCGCGUACUUCACGUAAAAUCAGGAGACUUGAAUGCUAAUCUAGGAAACCAAUAGACGAUAAGCUCUUUGGCUGAACUUUUAGCAAUAAAAUAGUAUAAGCUGUAAAGUAAAAAUAUGACAGGUACCUUUGUGUUACGGCUUACUUUAUUAUACUCUAGUUUUUUCUAAUUUCACCUUUAGCUAACAUGAAAACCUAUAUACAUAUCAAUAACAUAAUCAUCAUUAAACACGGCUCACCAAUCGGGCCCCACAGAAGUUUCAGCUUUAUUUUUAGAUACCGUAUCAUUGUUUCAGGCAACAAUUUUAUUUACUUACGUUUUUUAUUUAACUUAAAACAAUUCAGAUUAUUCGAAGUGGGUCAUAGUCUAAAUUUUUUCGUUUAAUUUUUAAGCCUUUUAAGAGCCGAGUGGUAGCAAAUAUUCAAUCAUCCGUUUAAAGUGUUAUUUAUGCUGACUUGCCUGUUAAAGUUCACGUCGCAGCAAUGUCGUUCAUUAUCAGUUGGAUAAUGGCUGUGUCCUACGUUUCAAACAGACGAGCGCAGUCCCUUACGCUGAAAUGUAGUGCUUGUUGAUAAUUAUAUAAUGUUAUAUAUACAUGAGCGUGUCUUGACUUACUGAAAAACUGUAUAGUGAUGCGCAACAGUGAAAUAUUUAAUAGGGUCUAUUAUUUCUAUGACGACGUGCCUAGUAGUACACUUUUACAGCAAAAUUUGUUGAAACGUUCAGUUUGGGGAACAUAUUUAUAUCGGAGAUCACUCACAGUCGUAGUUAGUUGUAAUUUUAUUGUUGAAUGUUUAAUGAUAUAUUUCCUUGCUGCUUUUGGUAGUAUAUUUUUCUCUCCAUAUAGUGUUGAUCAUUAUUUCAAUAUAGUAUUCAGGUCGAGACUCUUUUGGUCUUCACUGCAGAAGUCGUAAACUAGACAAUUUCCGUCGCAGCAUGGAAUCAGUAAAGAGCUGUUGUUCCUUACAGUUAAUAUUAAAACAUAAGGUAGCUGCAGUACCUAAUGGAACACGAUCCUAUAAUUGUGCAUGAGGAUAAUUAUUUGGAAGGAUUGUGUUUAAUAACAAAUCUAAUAAGUACAAAUAGCCUAUGUAUGGUCUACGUUCCAAACAAAUAGUGGAGCCUGCUAUAUGGGAUCUAAGAAAAGAAUUUUAUUACUGAAAUAGCAACGCCACAAUAUUGCCUCAUUGUCGUCCUUACUUUUGGGAAGGAAACUUACUUCGCAGUUUACAAAAAACUGUUCCGAAAUCCUAAAUUACGUUAAGGACGCUAUUAUUUAGGAAUCUAUCAAACCAAAAAUAUGAGGCUUAUGUAUAAUAUUGAAUUAAUUUUUCUGCCAAGGCCCGCCUUCCGUUUAGACUGUGUUUCGCGUCCUAUUUUACCUUGUACACGUCGCGUAUGAAAAAGUUUUCGUUCAGUUUCGCAGCUUCCUGAACUAUUGGCGCUAGGUUUCCUAAGUUAGUAACAAUGUAUGUCAGGUUUAUAGGAAUACUUACUCGAUACUGCGACUGAUAAUUUUCUUUAUUUACACAGGUAAUGUAGUUUUCAUUUCUUAUAAUUUUUAAAAUUCAUCUUAUGCCAUUUUACAAACGACUUCCUAAAACUAGAUAUUCAAAAGCAUACAAUACACUUUCAUGUUUUUUUGUUAAAUGAGGCUGUAAAAGCUUAGGGUUAAUAUACUCGCUCAGUAAUCGAAGGCCAAAUAAUGCUCUGGCCUAUUUUAGCACUCUGUUACCAUAUGUAAUGGAUCAAGUUGGUUUAAUGUCUGUAAUCACUUUUCCAGGCUUGCGUAGUCAAUCAGCGUUUAAAAAAAUACCAAGGAUAUUCAAAAAAAUCUAACCACUCUAUAGUGUACUGAAGUCCUAGUAGUUUUGCCAGUAAACACACGUUGAGCACACUUGUUUGCACAACGUAAGUGGAGCACAAAUAUACAUUUAUAUAUAUGAUAUGUUACCCCGGACGAUGCGGGUGGCCGCUUUGUAAAGGCUGGUAUAGCGUUGUUUCCGAACAAGAACCAUGAGAACGAAGUUACUGUCGCCAAAUGAAUGUUACGCUUUAUGAACGAAAGCAAACUUUUCCUCCUGAAGACCAAUAUUUGGCCGAUCGGCUCCAUCUUUACCGCCAUUUUCCCCAAGGCCAAAUUUUAGCUACUCGCGAAAAUAAUUGCUUUGGGUUUGAGAAAUGGACAGACACAGACUUUUCGUUAUUAGUAAAUAGAUAUGAUUAAGCACAUCUCGGUUAAAUCGUCCAUACAGGCGUGAAAAACAAACUGUAGAACAUGCACCAAAUUAACUAGACUGGAAGCUAAGUAAAUUAAUGUCGAGCUCUACAUCCGGUACGCAAGCCGUUAAGCAUUGCUUGACAGGGAUGCCUCUCAGCACAGAACGAAGUCCUUCUGCGUCCCAACUCAAACCUGCGAGGUGUUCCUAAUCUUUGCAGACAAACAUGUUAUCAGCGCGCUAUCACGGAAAUGAAGCUGAGCAGAUGGAUAGAGAUACCAGCAGUUGUAACCAACUUCUUUUUUUAGAUAAAAAUUUGACAUUUUAAUAUUUUGUCCAUUUUUUGUCUAUAAUACACAGUAGAUGGAUGAAAGAACCUUAUGCGCAAAUUGCGAAAAACUCUCGAAGUAAAAGGACCAUUAUCUAUACAAUCAAACUUCUUGUUAGGGUCCAGCCUUCGCUUGUUUAUACUGCUUCGUCCAGAUUUGGUCCUUGGUUUUUGUGCUUUUUGUUCAUAUUAUCGUUUGCAUCCUGAUUUGUCUCUAUUGUUCCCAAAAUUCGAGAUUAUACUUGAACUGUCAGCGAUAACGCACGUAGCUCAUUAAGUUCAUAAUCGUAAAACAAUACUAUUCAACGGCGUAAUGUAUUCAUAAGAGAACAAGCAGCGUACUUCCUGGCAUUCGUUGUAAGACAGCCAAUCAUGUGUAUUGUUAAAUAAUUUCAAUUAUGAAUACUAAUCGCAUAAAAUCGUAAAAAAAGAGCAUGCAUCCAGUAGUUCACCUAGGAACGCCCCCAAUUUUAUGCGUGUAGGGUUUCACCUCAGGUGCAACGACCGUUAAGCACUACUCUAAAUGUCGGCUCCCGGUAUAAACUGACGCGUAUUUACAACUGGUAUUGAACUUAAACCAUCUCACGUGUCUUUACGUUUAGACAUCUAACACUCUGCCACUAGGAUAUCACAUAGUGAUACACGCAUCCACCCUGCGCAACUUUUUCACUCAGGAACUCUUAACCGCCCGCCUCACAUCAUCUUGAUGUUUUUGAUUUGACGAGAUUUCGUCUGUUCUGGUCUGGUCGUCUGCUUCCAAUCUGCUACUUUGUUGUUUGGCUUAACUUGCUUUUGAUACUGUUGGGCUUCCUAUUUGCAUCGUAUCGACAUUCUCUCGCUGUUCCCUACAUUCGUUGGAUGAAAUACUGAUUCCGAUUGUUGAUGCUGUUGAUGAUUCCGGCCGUCAUCGGCAACCGCUUGGAUCGAUGGUGAGCGAAUGCGACAUACCGAGCGAAGUCUCUCCUGCGGCCUUCGUUCAUCUUCGUUCUGUGUUCAUCAUCGUCGUCGUCGUUGAUCAGCAUAAUACCAGAGAAAGAGAGAGAGAGAGAGAAAAAAACACUGCUAUGGCACCAUCAAGCGCAGCAUGAGUAAAAAGACUUAGUCAAAUUCACUGAGACAUUGAAAGACAGCGAGGACUGUUGCUGGUGGUGGCUGUACAGCCACCUGCUGCUGUUGGCAGAAACAAAUCGUUCGAGUUAUCAUCUCACACGACGAGCGAACAAACAAGACGAUUAUCACUACAACUGCGAUCGUCGUCGUCGUCGUCAGCAGCAGCAGCGAUCAUAACAGCAGAGUGAGACGACUGCAACAGCGACAGGGACUAUGACAACAACAACAACAACAACAUUCGGUUAUAGGCGAAAUCCCAGUUGUACAAGCGACAGGGACAGUUAUCACCUAUAGAGAGGCUAGACCGAGUUAGUCGAAACUCGCUAAGUAAAUAGCGGGAAGCAGAAUCGCAGUAUUAUCGUCGUUAGAACAGAUUCAUAAUAAGAUUACUCGAACCGUUCUAGCGUUUUUGUUCGUGAUAAGGCAGAGUGUAACGCAGUUCCGGUCAAUGGCAGAUGGAUUCGUGUGUGAACUCACUGCGUGAGCUUUCUAUCGAACGAUUUUUGUGUGCGGAGUUCUGGACCCCUGCAAUAGCAGCAGCAGCAGCAGUACGACUAGCGACAACGACCGCAGUUUCUUCUGUUCCGUGUUAUGUGUUAUACCCCUUAGUUUGUCCCUGUUCGUUGUAAUCUUCCAUCAACCGUCAUUAUUACUGUUAUUAUUUUUAUUAUUAUUACCAUCGACUGACCCAAACGCAGCGGCUGCUCCGCUCUGUUUGUGAAAUUCGAUUGGCGGUUAAUAUUGUAAGGUGUACGGGACCCGCUGUAGCAGCAGCAGCAGCAGCAGCAGCAACAAUAGACGACGGUAGUACCAGCAGCCCUUGCGUAUCGCUGAUGGUGUCAAUUUUUUCAUUUACUUGAGGAACGAGUGUACGCUGCCAGUGUUGGUGUCGACUCGCUCUGACCGGUGACCAUCUGUGCUAGUGUUGACCUCCGCUGACGAAUUGGUGUUGUCGUCGUCGUCGCCGCUGCUGCCGCCGCCGCCGCCGCCGUCGUCGUCGUCGUUGUUGUCAUCGCGGGGAAUGUCGCCGCCAGUCGCAGCCAACUGAAACUACAACAGAGGGCAUAGUGGCCAAACUGUGUUGUUCAGUGUCCUCGCUCCCGCUGUCAUAUUGCUGCUGCUGCUGCUGCUAUUGUUAUUGUUGUACUCGUUUCUGUGGAGUGCUCAGCCGGCAGGAGUGGUUAAGUGAAAUCAGGGGGCUUCAGUCCGUGCAACUACAUUGAUAUUACUACUACAACGAGAAGCAGACCGGCAGUAUUAGCAGAAGCAGGAGUACUAAUCGAUUCGAGUUCCUGUCGUUGUUGUCAUCAUAGGUGAUAUCGCCGCGAUUGCCCUCCACACCUAUAAAAGUCGAACUACAUUACGUACAGAUAUCGCAACUGCGCAAGUGCGAUAGUUACACAACGCGGCAACGCUGAAUGCUGUCGAAUAGCACUAGUAGAAGCAGUACUAUAUUAUUAUUGUUAUUAUUGUUGUUUUUAUUGCGGUUGUUGUUAGUAUCUUAUACGAAGCUAAAAAGAGCAUCAAAAAGCGGUGCUGUUUCAAUCAGCAAUCGAUUACGGGCGGUCCUGCUCAAACCAACUGUAACUACCGCUAGUGCUGUCUCCUAUAAUAAUAAUAAUAACUACGUGCAUUCCGGCAGCGAUAGCAGUAGUGCAAACAGUGAGCUUGAGCGCUUUCAUUACUCUUGGCGCUCCGUUCUGCCGGUCACUGAGUCUCCGAGCCCUAGCUGUCUAUCGUCAGUACCCACCGCCAGCAACAAAAAUUCUAUCACUUACUCAACGACACCUUCAACAGCAGCACGGGAAUUCUGACUAGAGGUCCUAGGCAGUCAUGUUAAAACGACUUAAAAUCGCCCUUCGAGGUUUCCUGCUCAUCACGGCAAAGAUAUGGAGCUUUCUUUGCUUUCUCGUACGAAAACAGUGCCGGGCUAUGAGACAGCAUCAAACAGUGAAGUACAGAGAUCUACCAUUAUCGCCGUUAUCCAAACACCGACUAAGUUUAGUGAAACGUAAAAUUCUUGUCCUAGAUUUAGAUGAAACUUUGAUUCAUUCAUACCACGAUGGAAUGGUGCGCCAGACAGUACCAACGGGCACCCCGCCAAAUUUUGUACUCAAGGUGACGAUAGACCGUCAUCCGGUGCGAUUUUUCGUUCACAAACGACCUCACGUUGACUACUUCCUGGAAGUCGUUUCCAAAUGGUACGACUUAGUAGUAUUUACAGCAUCAAUGGAAAUUUAUGGAACCGCUGUAGCAGACCGCUUAGAUAGCGGGAAAGAUAUACUUCGGAGGCGUUUCUAUCGUCAACACUGUACUUUAGAAUACGGCAGCUACACCAAGGACCUCUGUGCUGUCAGUCAGGAUCUUAGCAGUAUCCUGAUUGUGGACAAUAGUCCAUCCGCGUACAAACUCUUCCCUGACAACGCGAUGCCGAUAAAGAGCUGGUUCAACGAUCCACGAGAUACUGAGCUAUUGGAGCUCCUGCCAGUGCUUGACGCACUUCGUUUUUGUGCAGACGUUCGAACGAUAUUAAGUCGCAAUCUUCACCGGCAUCAUAUGUGGUGAGCAGCGUGUGGCGGCAUGUAAAACAUAUGCAUGCAAGAUUCCGUAACUCUGCAUUCAUAAAGCUUCAGUAAUGAAUGUAAAAAACGGAGCCAGCAAUGAGCUAUCUCGACCUCUUCUCGUGCUGCUUCAUUUAGCCCACUUUGUGCGUACACUGUGAUACACUUGUAACCACUAAAAUGAUUGGUGAUGACGAUAAAAGUAGCUCUGCGGGGCCACGCGAUCUGCAACAACUGGAAGAUAAAAUGGCCAAUCAGCGCUUUCUACCACACAUCGUGAUCAGCUCUCGCUGCUAAAGAAGAAAAGACGUUAUACAAACGCUAGAUUGAAAAGACACAUCUAGCUUUUUUUCUUAGACGGAUUGCGCGCUGUUAGCCUUAAUAGGAGUUCAAGGAAACUCGCUUCUUGAAUUGGCUUUACUCUGAUGGCAAGCCCGUGAAGAAACUGAAAGUGUUAAGAAACGGUGAUAAUGUAGGAAUAAGGAUGAUGGAGGAAUGAUGAGGAUAGGCCAAUGAGGCGCCAGUUGUACUUACGUGAAAUAUGCAGAUGAUACAGGCAAGAGCUAUAUAUAUAUAUAUAUAUAUAUAUAUGUGAAUUAAUGGCUUAUGCGAGUUGGAUUGAGAACACCUGUUGAAUAUGUCUAUGUUUCCCAUAAUGAAUGGGAAAAACUAAGAAGAGUAAAAGCUGAGGGAAAAAAGAUUCAUCAGUUAGAAGCUCUUAGAAUUUUGUAGGUUAUUAAAAGUGAAUAGAAUGAAUGGGUGCGAAAGAGUGAACGAGUGAGAGAAGACACGAUUGUUUUUUACAAGGCUGCCGCGCAUCUAAAUAGAAGAGGCGAUGCAUUCUUAGCCAAAUUACUUUUAAUGCCUCUACCCAAAUGUAAGAAAGAUGACGAACAAGUACCCAAUUUAUUAUACCUUAGCGAUUAUGCCUGCCGAUAAACGAAAAUAAACCAUUCGAGUCAGAAGAUAAGAUCUAAACGUCUUGAUGAUGACCUCUUGAAGCUCAUUGAAUAGAGGCUCGUGGUAACAAUACAUUGUAAAAGCCGUAUACCAGAUGCAAAUCGGUAUAUCUAUCUGUAUGUGAGAAGUCUGGGCGGCUAGAUCGGAAGAUCCGCUGCCCUAGACAGUAAAACAAUAUGUAUAGGAAGACAACAAAAGCAUUAGUAGUGGUAGUAGUCGUGGAUGGAACACUAAUAGUAACGUCGGAAAGACAGCCGUUUUAAGGGAAGCAAUGGAUAACUACGAGAUAGUUAAGUAGGGGGAAGGAGUGGAGGGUGCAAACGAAAUUCUGAAGCUGUGACAGGCGGGAGGGCAAUUUUGGCCUAGAAGGAAAAGCAAUUUUGUCGUAGUUUUGUGGAUUAGCUAUGCAGAGGUUUUGGCUGGCUCGAGUAUACAAUGUACCUUGUUUUAGUUGAUUAUUUUUACUAGUAUUGAGAUUCUUUAGUGAGUUCUUUGAAUUUUGCCUGCUUAUAUAGGUUUGCAUAAGUCUGUAUGAACAUCUGCUUGUGUGUGAAAUUGUUUGUGUGUGAAAUAAUGGCAAAUUUCGAGAACUACGACGACGAUGUUCUGCAGAUUUUAGCCAAAGCAGAGACAGCAACUGGCAGUUGAGUUAUCUGUUCAAUUCAAUAACUAAGUCUGUAUAAUGAGAGGUAGUUUAUGCGGAAGGCGACAUGGAUUAGCAAUAACUCUGUAUGGCCUGAAGCAGGCGACACCAAAAAAUGAAAGCAGUGCGAUUGUGAAAGUAAGACUAGCUAUUAAUUUAUACUAGAAUCAAUCAUUAAACCCAACACAUCGGCGUGUGUUUAAGUUAAGAGAGCUCAACGCCACGACAACGCACACACUCACAUAAGCGUGAAGCAUGGCGCGAAGUCACCAAUUUGUUCACAGCGGUGUCACC